GGAAGCGUGUCUAAGCUGAUUUCCUUCUUAAGGAUCUUAAAGACGCAGAGGUCCGAUCGUGCAAGUGUCGUAACGGAACCAAGCGGCUGCUGAAGCUCGCAGCGACUGUUUGUCUCCAAGUUAUUUCAUUUUCUCCUGUGAUGUGUUUUGGCUCCUUCAGGUUGAACUAAGGACAAAUGAAAGGCUCGGACUCGUAUUUGUGCCGCUACAGAUCCUCCAGACGCAUCCCGUCGUCUCCUCAGUCCUGACUGCGUCUCUGGUCUCUGGACUGAGGUCAGUUGGACGUCAGUUGAAACCUUCUGUCCUGUUUCCAGCUCAGUGUCAGUGUGAUGGAGAUGCUGCUCAGGACACGGAGGCCCGUUUUCAUCUCUUCCAAACCGGUUUUCUGGCCUCAGGACACAGUGAUGAUACGUGGGUACUUCGUCUCUGAGGUCUCUAGCGUGUAGCUCCGAUGCGCCUCCGCUAGAUGGCGCUGUUCUCUCUCCUGAACCCACGCGCUCCACGGACUCGUCUCGUCCGCUCUGACUGAGUGAAGCCCUUUUUCUGCUGCAGCUCCGAGGGAAUGGGACAGAACGAGGCAGAGGUGGGCAGGGGUGUGACAGGCGGAGGAGCUGGGUGUUUGUCAUACCUCACUCUGACUCAAAGGGAGGUGCACGAGCGCUGGGUUCUGGUGCGCCUCUUUCAGCUGAGGAGUUUAUUUGGAGCACAGAGUCCCUGCGGCGCGAGGGUCACAAUGCACGGGCUCGCGGAGGUGUGGGUCGCCGUGGCGCUGGCUGCUGCUCUGACCGAGGCGGUCUUUGCAGGGUACGGACUCAGCAUGUUUGCGGCGCAGUCUUCUCCUCCAGACCCGUGCUACGACGAGAACGGGAACCCGCGGAGGUGCAUCCCCGACUUUGUGAACUCCGCUUUCGGGAAGGACGUGCGCGUGUCCAGCACCUGCGGCAGCCCCGCCGCCAGGUACUGCGUGGUGACCGAGAAGGGAGAGGAGCGCACGAGGGACUGCCACACGUGCGACGCCGCGGACCCCAAGAAGUCCCAUCCGGCCGCGUAUCUGACGGACCUGAACAACCCGCACAACCUCACCUGCUGGCAGUCGGAGAACUACAUGCAGUACCCGCAGAACGUCACGCUCACGCUGUCUCUGGGCAAGAAGUUUGAGGUGACCUACGUGAGCCUGCAGUUCUGCUCACCCAGACCGGAGUCUAUGGCGAUCUACAAGUCCAUGGACUACGGCAAGUCCUGGGUGCCCUUUCAGUUUUACUCCACCCAGUGCAAGAAGAUGUUCAACCGACAGAACAAGGCCGCAAUCACCAAACAGAACGAGCAGGAAGCGAUCUGCACGGACUCGCACACCGACAUGCACCCUCUGACCGGCGGCCUCAUCGCCUUCAGCACCCUGGACGGACGCCCGUCCGCGCACGACUUCGACAACUCCCCGGUGCUGCAGGACUGGGUGACGGCCACGGACGUCAAGGUGAUCUUCAGCCGACUUCACACCUUUGGAGACGAGAACGAGGACGACUCGGAGCUGGCGCGAGACUCCUACUUUUACGCCGUGUCGGACCUGCAGGUGGGAGGACGGUGCAAGUGCAACGGACACGCUUCCAAAUGCGUCAAGGACCGCGACGGGAACCUGGUCUGUGAGUGCAAACACAACACGGCGGGUCCUGAGUGCGACAGGUGCAAGCCGUUCCACUACGACCGGCCGUGGCAGCGCGCCACGGCCAGAGAAGCCAACGAGUGUGUCGCCUGCCACUGCAACCUCCACGCCCGCCGCUGCCGCUUCAACAUGGAGCUGUACAAGCUGUCGGGCAGGAGGAGCGGCGGCGUCUGCCUCAACUGUCGCCACAACACGGCCGGACGCCACUGCCACUACUGCAAAGAGGGCUUCUACAGGGACAUGAGCAAAUCCAUCUCCCACCGCAGAGCCUGCAAAGCGUGUGACUGCCAUCCGGUCGGAGCUGCAGGGAAGACGUGCAACCAGACGACGGGCCAGUGUCCCUGUAAGGACGGCGUGACGGGCAUCACCUGCAACCGCUGCGCUAAGGGCUACCAGCAGAGCCGCUCACCCAUCGCUCCCUGCAUCAAGAUUCCUGCUGCUUCUCCAACGGUGACUUCCACCAACUACGAGGAGCCGACAGAUUGUGAGUCUCACUGUAAAGCGUCCAAAGGGAAGAUGAAGAUCACCAUGAAGAAGUACUGUAAAAAAGACUACGCGGUCCAAGUCCACGUCCUGAAGGGAGACAAAGCGGGCGAGUGGUGGAAGUUCACCGUCAACAUCAUCUCUGUGUACAAACAAGGCGAGCACCGCAUCCGCCGCGGCGACCAGCUGCUGUGGGUCCGCGCCAAGGACGUGGCCUGCAAAUGCCCCAAGAUCAAGCCCGGCCGGAAGUACCUGCUGCUGGGCACAGACGACGACUCCCCGGGGCAGAGCGGCGUGGUGGCCGACAAGGGCAGCCUCCUCAUCCCCUGGAAGGACCUGUGGGGCCGCCGGCUCAGGAAGUUCCAGCAGCGCGAUAAGAGGGGAAAGUGCUAAAAGUACCUGGAGAGAGGGAGAGGUGAGGCGAUGCGAGGCCUCCCCUGGGAUGAUGAGAGGAGGGAGACGAACCGGGGGGGUGAGGAGCAGGACAGAUGCUGCUGCUCUGGGGUUAAUGAUUGUCUGUAGGAGCCGUUCAACUCUUGUUCUGUUUGUCGUUCACGGUAAAUGCAGAGUUUGCACCUAAAGUUACAGAUUUGUCCCUCGAAGCGUCUGUAACGCAUCUCACCUCCUGAAGCCGCUGCCGCUGAGGGAGGCCGCCCCCGAACCUGCCAAACACUGAGUGAAAGUCUGCGCUCAUACCUGUGGUUCCAGCGUGUCAUUACUGCUCAUGUGAGAGUUACCUCGUCGUCGUGGAGACACUCACAGCUCACUGCAGCGGCUCCAUGACGUCAGCCGUCAGUCACCACAUUAUGUUUAGUAGCAUCUAGACGUAGAGUAGACGACAACCACGCACUUAUUCCUAGAAGCUUAGAGCAUGUUAGACGUGUUCACGUGUUUAGUGAAAAAAGCCCCUAAUGUUGUUUUCUGGCAGGAAGCUGCUUAGUUCAAACCUCAGAUGAUGAUGAUGAUGAUGAUGUUCCCAGUGUCUAAGUAGUUUAUUGUCUAAACGUUUAACAGGCCAAACUGGAGGAGGAGCCACUCACCCUGCAUGCUCACUCUUUACUGACUCCUAGCUAACGAUGCUUGUGAAUUAUGUAAAACUUUACUUUGUAUAAACUGUUUGUGUUGGAGAAAUAACCUGUGGAGUGAUGAAAGUCACGUUUGUUGUUUUUUUGUAUCCAGCUGUCAAACGCUUGUCAGCUCAAAGCGACCCGAUGGGAUCCCAUUUGGUCCUCAGAGGACGCCGAGCGUUGCAGUUGUUAGUGCUGUUGUAGCUAAACAUUAACUUUACGUGAACACGACCAUGACUCAGCCGAUGAAAAACAAGCCGUCCCACAAUGCUACGUGGUGUUAGAUGUUAUAACAUGAUGUGCGUUACAACGCAUUACAACGUGACGCUACGUGUUACAGCGUGAUGCUACGUGUUACAACGCGAUGCUACCUGUUACAACGCAAUGCCACAUGUUACAACGCGAUACUACAUUCUACAAUGCGAUGCUACGUGUUACAGCGCGAUGCUACGUGUUACAACACAAUGCUACGUGUUACAACGCAAUGCUACAUUUUACAACGCGAUGCUGCGUGUUAAAACGCGAUGCUACGUGUUACAACGUGAUGCUACGUGUUACAACGCGAUGCUACGUGUUACAAUGCGAUGCUGCGUGUUAAAACGCGAUGCUACGUGUUACAACGCGAUGCUACGUGUUACAACGCGAUGCUACGUGUUACAGCGCGAUGCUACGUGUUACAGCGCGAUGCUACGUGUUACAGCGCAAUGCUAGGUGUUACAACACGAUGCUACAUGUUACAACGCAAUGCUACAUUUUACAACACGAUGCUGCAUGUUAAAACGCAAUGCUACGUGUUACAACGCGAUGCUACGUGACGUGUUACAACGCAUUGCUACGUGUUACAGCGCGAUGCUGCGUGUUAAAACGCGAUGCUACGUGUUACAACGCGAUGCUACGUGUUACAACGCGAUGCUACGUGUUACAGCGCGAUGCUACGUGUUACAGCGCGAUGCUACGUGUUACAGCGCAAUGCUAGGUGUUACAACACGAUGCUACAUGUUACAACGCAAUGCUACAUUUUACAACACGAUGCUGCAUGUUAAAACGCAAUGCUACGUGUUACAACGCGAUGCUACGUGACGUGUUUCAACGCAUUGCUACGUGUUACAGCGCGAUGCUACGUGUUACAACGCGAUGCUACGUGUAACAGCGCAAUGCUACGUGUUACAGCGCGAUGCUACGUGUUACAACGCGAUGCUACGUGUUACAGCACGAUGCUACGUGUUACAGCGUGUUGCUAGGUGUUACAACGCGAUGCUACGUGUUACAACGCAAUGCUACGGGAUGUUAUAAGUUGAUGCUGCGUAUUACAACGCACUACAUCGUGAUGCUAGUAGUUACAAUGCAAUGCUACGUUACGUGACCCUACACUUUACAACGUGAUAAUGUGUUAUAUCAUGCUACGUGUUACAACGCGUUACAACACGUCACUCUGUGCAUGUACUCCAUAAAUUCCACAACUGGAUAAUUAUCUGCACAUGUUUAUUUGUCCUCUUGUAAAUGUUGUGUAGUCAUGUCAUUGGAAACAUUUGUGUAAUGUCCUGUAAUACUAAUAUAUUAUGUUUAUCACAAAUGAAUAUAUUUAAUGAGAGAAACAUUGAGGCUUUUCCUGUUUUUUUUAUUUUUGACCGUCUGUUUUUUUACCUGUUUUUCACGCGAUGACCGUUUAUCAGUGUUUGGCUUCAGAGCAGCUGAUAGAGCUGAGAUUAAUUCAUCUGAAAUAAAGCUGUAAAAACAAUUAAAUGAAUUUGGGAGAAAGUG